AUGCUGGGCAUGUACGUGCCGGACAGGUUCUCCCUGAAGUCCUCCCGCGUGCAGGACGGCAUGGGGCUCUACACGGCCCGCCGAGUGAGCAAGGGUGAGAAGUUUGGGCCCUUUGCUGGGGAGAAGAGGAUGCCGGAAGACCUGGAUGAGAACAUGGACUGCAGGCUGAUGUGGGAGGUCCGGGGGAGUAAGGGGGAGGUGCUGUACAUCCUGGAUGCCACCAACCCGAGACACUCCAACUGGCUGCGCUUCGUGCAUGAGGCACCCUCACAAGAGCAGAAGAACUUGGCAGCCAUCCAGGAAGGAGAGAACAUCUUCUAUUUGGCAGUGGAAGAUAUAGAGACAGACACAGAGCUUCUGAUUGGCUACUUAGACAGUGACCUGGAGGCGGAGGAGGAAGAGCACCAGAUUGUGACGGUGAUCAGAGAAGCAGCAGCAGAAGAUUCUAAAGGCCAGUCAUCAGCUGGCAGGAAAGAUCCCCUUGGCUGCACAGAGGACUUCGCCUGCCCACAGUGUGAGUCCAGCUUCCCCAGUGCGGAGAUUCUUGCUGAGCACCUCCAGAUGCUGCACCAGAGGCCCACCGAGGAGAAGGAAUUCAAGUGCAAGAUCUGUGGGAAGAAAUUCCCAGUCCAGCAGGCCUUGCAAAGACACUCUGAGCAGCACCAGGAGAUGUGCCGUGGGGAUGCCAGGUUCGUGUGCAGGGCUAACAGCUGUGGGAAGAGACUGAAGAGCAAAGACGCCCUGAAAAGACACCAGGAAAAUGUCCAUGCUGGAGAUCCUAAGAAAAAGCUCGUGUGUUCGGUAUGCAGUAAAAAGUGUUCCUCUGCCUCCAGCCUGCAGGAGCACAGGAAGGUCCAUGAGAUUUUUGAUUGUCAAGAAUGCAUGAAGAAGUUUGUCUCAGCCAAUCAGCUAAAGCGCCAUCUCAUCACCCACUCAGAAAGACGGCCCUAUCAUUGCGAGAUUUGUAACAAGUCUUUUAAGAGGCUUGAUCAAGUGGGCGCUCACAAAGUCAUUCACAGUGAAGACAAGCCCUACAAGUGCAAGCUUUGUGGAAAGGGGUUCGCUCACAGGAAUGUCUACAAGAAUCACAAGAAGACCCACUCCCAGGAGAGGCCCUUCCAGUGUGAGGAGUGCAAAGCUUUGUUCCGGACGCCCUUUUCCUUGCAGAGACACCUGCUGAUACACACCAGUGAGAGGACUUUUAAGUGUCACCACUGUGAGGCCACCUUCAAAAGGAAGGACACAUUGAAUGUCCACGUCCAGGUGGUCCACGAGAGACACAAGAAGUACAGUUGUGAGCUGUGCAACAAGGCCUUCGUCACACCGUCUGUGCUCAGAAGCCACAAGAAGACACACACAGGAGAAAAGGAGAAGGUCUGCCCAUAUUGUGGCCAGAAGUUCGCCAGCAGCGGGACACUGAGGGUCCACAUCCGGAGCCACACAGGUGAGCGUCCCUAUCAGUGUCCUUACUGUGACAAAGGAUUCAGUAAGAACGAUGGGCUGAAGAUGCACAUCCGAACGCACACCAGGGAGAAGCCCUACAAGUGCUCGGAGUGCAGCAAAGCCUUCAGCCAGAAGCGAGGCUUGGAGGAGCACAAGAGGACGCACACGGGAGAGAAGCCUUUCCAGUGUGACGUCUGUGACUUGGCUUUCAGCCUGAAGAAGAUGCUGAUUCGACACAAGAUGACCCACAAUCCCCACCGUCCUCUGGCAGAGUGCCAGUUCUGCCACAAGAAGUUCACGAGGAACGACUACCUCAAGGUGCACAGGGACCACGUCCACGGAGUGGCCGACAGCUAG